CAAAACACAUAUCUAGAUCAAAGCACCUAAAUAUGCAACGAAGAGAGUCUCUUCGGGAGAAUGGCCUUGUUAAAGGCCUUCAUAAAGGUGGAUUUUCUAUAAGCAAACUAAAGGAAUUAUCUCAUACUGAGGAUUCCAAGAGAAGCCAUCGCAUGAUUAAAUCAGGAAAGUCGUCUGUGGAUGCUUAUCGUCAAGCUGGAAAGGGUCUUGGUCAGUUUGGGGGCUACUUAAGUGAUUGGGGAUCCAGAACUAGGAGCCUCAGUAUAAAUGACAUUAGUGACAAAUUAGGCGUUUUAGUCAGUGAGCUUGGUGACAGUGAAUUGGAAUUCGUGAAGCAAUUUGAUGAAAGCCGACUGAAAUUGAAAGGAAUUCGUGACAUGGAAGAUAGCAUCGCUCCAUCAAGGGCGCAUCGCCAACGAUUAGUGGCAUCCAUUGAAAAAGAAGAAGAAAAGGAUCCACUUUCUCCCCGUCUGAUAGACCUACAAAACCAAUUGGUUCGUACGGAAGCCGAAAAUCUCGUUGGAGAAAUGCAACUGGAUAACAAGAUCCGAGAAGUUAUGAAGUCGUCGUUCCAGCAAAUGAUGGAUGCGUUCCAAAUUCGAGCUCAGAAACAAAUGACUCUCGGAUAUUAUGCACGGCUUUUAGUAGACAUGAUUAAUGACGACGUUGUUUACCCGGGCGAUAAUCCCGCCGCUUAUAAUAAAAAGAAUGCUGCUGAAGUCAUGCACCAAUGCAUGGAUUCCAUGACAAGACUAUUGGCUCCGCUAUCCAUUGAAGAAAGAAAAUUUGAUGAUACUCCCAUGAAAAGUUCUUCUAGUUCGCUUCAGCUUUCGGAGAGUAAUCCCUCUCCUACCGUAGAAAACGAGCAGAAUGUACUUCAAGUAAAAAAUGUUCCUUCUCAAAGUUUUACAUCCAAUGCAGAGGCCUAUAAAGCGCAACUUCUCUCUACUAUCGCAGAGGAGCAGAAACAAAAAGAGCUACAGGCGAAGUCAACUGUUUUGUUGUAAAACAUCGAUCCCAAGAAAUCUUCCUCAUCAACUAGUCUCUUAUCCUCUUUCCGCUUGCGGGCCCGCGUUAUAGAACCUAAAACUUCUCUCCUUCUAAUGAAUAUCUUUAAAUUAUCAAGCAGUCUUUUCUCCCAUUUGCGAAAUAUACCAGAAUACAAGUUUAGCAUACUUACAUAGCUAAAAUUUUAUGCGACUCGAAAAUAUAAAUACUGAUCAAUAAAGCCCAAA